AUGCAAUCCCCAGCAGCUGGGAGCUGUCUGUUACUCCUCGUCGUCGUCACCGUCCUUGCGGCGGGCUCGGCUUCCGCCGCCACCCUCGCGCCGGUGGAGUUCAGCAUCGUCGACUAUGCGAGAUCGGACGAACGGGUACUCACUGUUACUGUUGACCAGUCGGGCAAGGGCAACUACACCAGGAUACAGGACGCGAUCAACGCCGUUCCCGUCCCGGGAAGCAGCAGGUCCGCUGGCGGGGUCCUCAUCGAGAUAAUGCCGGGCACUUACAGGCGAGUAAACAUGCAUUUAUCACCCUGCAAUUUCAUGGAUAUGCAAGCUAAUCUAGCUGGAUCGACCAGUCAGGCUCAGUAUUACGAGAAAGUCGUGGUGAACAAGAGCAAAAUCUCCCUUAUCGGUAUGAGCGCCAGCUCUACCAUCGUCACAUGGAGUGGAAAAUGGACCACCUAUGGCGAAAGCGCGACUCUCUCCGUGUUGGCCUCUGACUUCGUCGCCGGCAACAUUACAUUUCAGAACACGUAUGGCCGCGGCACGCCGGCGCUUGCUGCGAGGGUUACCCGAGACAGGGCUGCGUUCUACGGAUGCAGAUUUGUGUCGUACCAGGACACAAUUCUAGAUGACAAAGGGCUCCACUAUUACUCUGAUUGUUACGCGCAGGGCGCUACAGACUUCAUAUUCGGCCCAGGCAAGGCCUUCUUUGAGAAGUGCCACUUGCACUCCACCUCGACAGAGCACGGAGCAUUCACAGCGCAGGGGCGGCCAGCGGCAUCGGAGAAUUCAGGAUUCAGUUUUGUCGAGUGCAGCUUGACUGGCGUCGAGGCCAGCAAGUCCAUCCUGGGGCGGCCGUGGCGCGCUUACGCCCUGGUUGUGUUUGCCCGCUGCAACAUAUCCAACACGGUGGAUCCGGUGGGAUGGAACAACUGGGAUACACCUACGAAUGAGAGGACGGCAUUCUUCGGCCAGUUCCAGUGCUACGGCGAAGGAUCCUGA